CAGGCUAUGCAAUGCUUCGUUGCAUAUCAUAUUUGCUGAUCAGUUGCCACGGUCAAAGCGAGUUACGCAGCUUGGCGAGGCUGCUGGCCGUAACUUGGCCUUACUUAUUAUACUGAUUUUUGGCAGGCGUGUUUUUAAAUUCAUCCAUUUGCUGCUCAGUUUUAUCAAUUUGUUGCAAAUACACUUCUGAGCGUACCGAAAUGUAGUCGCCACGCUUUAGACGAACACACAACGCGUGUGAUGCUUAGGAAUUUCUAGCUAGCCCAACUGCGAGGCUGCGUCUCGGAGGAGGGAAGCUUUGGCAGGUUGCCACUCGUCCGUUGGUUGGGCCAUUUAGGCGGAGAUAGAGCCUUCGUGCGCCUUGUCCUUUUGCAGCGGACAGUUGCUGUAUUAUCAUAAUAGGCUUCUAGGGCUCCAGACCGGUCUAACAACAAGCCAUGUCCAGCGGCCGGCGCGGACGCAGCGGUGUCCGAUUUGCAGCUGAGGAGGAGGGCGAUGGAGCUGAGUCCGUCGCCAUCCACCUGGGGGACCCCGACAGGGUUCCCAACAGGCCGGACAGCAACGACGAUGUGCUCCUGCCAAUGCACACUCCCGUCGAAACCGACGGCGAAGCCGACGCCGGCGACGGACUGCACCUGGGAGGCCUGAAAAUGCUGCAUCGUCACAUGUCAAACGACGAGGCCAACUCGCGGCCGGAGUCCGACGCCGAUGGACCCCUUGAUGUCCCGAUGUUGAUCGGCACCGGGCCGGACAUGGACCCGGUCACAGUGCAAGCUGCUAACUCCGGCGACGAAGGUCGUCCGGAGGGCGCCCUAGGCGCUCCUCCUGGCGGUAUCGCGGCUGUUCGCGGUCAUCACCACCGGACUUUGACGGGCAAGCCGGGCAAAUCCGGCAAGUCCAACAAGCAAUCCGCGGUCCUUCGCACGUGGCUGCGAAUCGAGAAGAACGGCGAGCGGUCGCUGCUGCAGGCCGACAAGUGGCGAAUCACUCACAAACUGGGUAUUCAGACUCGCGAUCUGCGGCUGCUGGACCCGGGCAUGUCCACCACCUACCCCUCGGCCAUCCUGUGUCGUGAUAAGGCCAUUGUCGUCAACCUGGAGCACCUCAAGGUGGUCAUCACCACGUCAUUUCUGCUCAUUAUUAACCCAGAGGACGCCAAGGUGUCUCGCUUCAUCACGGAGGUCACCAGCCGUCUUGCGCCCCCGGGUGGGGGUAUGCCGCAGAGCAGGUCGUACCAGUCGCUCACGGACGCUGAGCGGCAGAAGCUGGCACCGGGUCCCUCCACUUUGGGACUGGAUCUGCCCUUCGAGCUGCGGGUGCUGGAGUGCUGCCUGGACGUGAUGGCUGGUCACCUGGACUUCCUGACUCAGGAGUUGGAGGCGGGGGCCUAUCCGGCUGUGGAUGCGCUGGCGAAUAAGGUCAGCUCCCCCAACCUGGAGCGAGUUCGUCGCAUCAAGAAUAACCUGGUGCGGCUGACCACCCGAGUGGAGACCAUACGAGAGGUAUUGGAGAAGUUUCUGGACGAUGACUCGGACAUGCACGACCUGAACCUGACGGCCAAGGAGCUCCACGAGCAGGAGGAGCAGCGAGAGCUCUUGUUGCAACAGCAAGCAAACAACGCUGACGCCCGCAGCACCGUCAGCACCACAGGCAGCUGCAGCAGCGGCUCCUCCUCCUCCGCCUCCUCGGACUCGUCCGUGGAGGAGGCGGAGACGGCGGUGGUGGAGAUGUUGCUGGAGACGUACUUCAUGCAUGUAGAUAACACGUACAACAAGCUGCAGACCCUCCACGAGUAUAUCAAGGACACGGAGGAUCUGGUCAACAUCAAACUGGAUCAGCACCGAAACCAGCUCAUCACCAUUGACCUCAUCCUAACAGCCUGUACGACAGUGUUGGCCAUGAUGACGGUGGUGGGGGCCUGGUUUGGAAUGAACCUCAACAGCGGCCUUCAGGAAGCACCUGGGUUGUUUACGGACGUGGCGGUGUGGGCAUCCGUCAGCGGCCUGGCCUUGCUGGUGCUGUUCGUGAUUUGGUUGUGGUCAGCAAAGCUCAUCAUCUACUAAGCUGAGCUAAGGAG